UCACGUUUAUCUUCUGCCUCUUACUUCAGAAUCGAGAUUUGUAUAUUAUUACACUAAUCACUACAAAUUCAGAUCAGUAAUUGGUAGCUGACGAUAAAGAGAAAAAGAAUUUCAUCACCAUCCCUCCAAAAGUUUUCGCUCAGAUCAUCCCGUAAUUCAAACUUCUUGUUGCAUCCAAGAAUGAGCUCUCCACAGCCCCCAGGAGGCACGAUGAGCAUUUACACAGGAUUUACGAGGCUGUGCAAGGGGUUAGCUGUGGUGUUAAUCGGCGGCCACAUUGUUGUGCAGAUUUUGCCGACUGCUGUUUCUUAUCUUGCUCUUAUCCCUGCCAAGACCAUUCCUUUUGCUUGGAAUCUCAUUACUGCCGGAUACAUUGAACAGUCAAUAAUUGGGGUGGUCAUUAGCACAGUAGGUCUGCUUUUCAUUGGGAAGCUGCUUGAACCCAUAUGGGGUUCUAGGGAAUUUUUGAAGUUCAUCUUUGUAGUUAACUUUCUGACAUCAGUUUGCGUUUUCAUCACUGCUAUUUCCUUGUACUAUGUUACAAGGCAGGAGCUGUACCUUUAUCUGCCUAUUUCUGGUUUCCAAGGGGUCCUUUCAGGAUUUCUAGUCGGCAUCAAACAAAUAAUACCUGAUCAAGAGUUGUCCUUGUUAAGGAUAAAAGCCAAAUGGCUGCCUUCCCUAGCACUAUUGGUCUCUAUUGUUGUAAGUUUUUUCACGACGGAAUCAGCAUCAUAUCUUCCCACCAUAAUAUUUGGCACGUAUAUGGGUUGGAUUUACCUCAGGUACUGGCAAAGAAAGCCAGAGACAAAAUUAAGAGGUGAUCCAAGUGAUGAAUUUGCUUUCUCCACAUUCUUCCCUGAAUUUUUAAGACGAAUAAUUGAUCCUGUUGCUACAAUUUUUGAGCGGAUGUUUUGUGGAAGAAGAUCGGAAACUCCUGAUCAGACUAGGGGCUAUACUUUAGGAGGUGCCUCAUUACCUGGUUCAGAUUCUAUUGAUGCAUCCAGGAGGAGAGAAAGAGGUGCUCGAGCACUAGAAGAAAGAUUGGCUGAGAGACUGGCUGCUGCAGCAGCAAGGACAGAUGAGACACGAAGAGAUGCAUCAGAAAAUGUCUAGAAACUCAGAGUAUUCACUUCAUAUCCUCGGUUCCCAGAUAUGUGUCUUGUUGCGAGCUUCUUGUUUAUAUACUUUUGUAAUCAAGAGGAAUUUUUCCAUAUGUUGAUCAUGAUCCUUAUAAUUUUUUAUUACAUCGACAUGUUUCUUUUUUUCUCA